CGCCACUCGCAACAGAACCUGCAGAACCAUCGUGAUCUCAACCACGCUUCCUUCAACAGUGAGUGCGAUCCUAUACAGUGCGACAGGAAAACUAAAACAAACCAUAGAAACUCGAGGAAAAUUCCUGAACGGUAGAAAAACGCAUACACACUCCUCUUAUCUCCUCCUGCCUGCUGUAAACCUCUAAGCGCGGGUUUAUUUUUAACCGAAACAAUACUUCAACGCGUGGUGGUGGAAAAUCCGGAUAGCCCAGUGCCGGUUCCUUUCGAAAGCGCACGCGGUUACACAGAGUUCAGUUUGAUUUGAACAGUGAAAGUGAACGGUUCACCGAAAGAACCCUCCCGAAACGAAAAACCAAAGUGCCCAAAAGACGCUAAAUUCCCUUUGAGAAACAUCCACUUACCGCAAAGAACAGAAAGGAAACACCAAAAUGGCCCUCGUCGAAAGUGCCACCAAGACUGAAAUGACCAUCACCGAGUCGCAAACCCCGGUCAUCUCGAAGGAGGUCACCGUCGAGAAAUCCUCCGCCGGAGUGUCCGAGAAGAGCGUAACCCAGUCCAAGAGCUUCGGCAGCAGCAGCGAGAAGGAAAUGGUCGAGGAAUCGGCGAAUUCCAUUACCAAAUCGUCGGAGAAAUCCGCCUCAUCGUUCGCCUCCGAGCGGUCCGUAUCGGAGAAGGUGUCGGACAACGGAUCACUAUCCUCGUCGCUGCUUUCCUCGUCCUCGUCGGUGGUCAGCAGCAGUAAAGUCGUGUCCUCCUCGUUCAGCUCGUCCACAUCGUCGUCCAUCUCGAGCAUCAAGUCUUCCUCGUUCGAUUCCAGCAGUGCGAUCGAUGAUUUCUUCAAAAACUAAAUGUGGUGCGUGCGCUGGACUCUGCAUCCUGGGCUGAGCAUAUGUGUGAUCAAAUUAUCCGAAGGUGAUUGCUUGAAGGAGAGGAAAUAAUAAAAAAAAACAUCGUUUGAUUGUGAACAUAUUCUUACGGUUUGUUUAGCUUUGAACUCAUCUGGUUCUCGUGAAGAAACUUUAUUUUUAAACGUAUCUAUACCCCACAAACGAAAAUUCAAUAAAACGUGCGAAAAAAAAACAAUAAAAACUG